CCAAGCUGGCUGACUGCUGUCGAGGCAGCGUUUCUCAUUUAAACAAACAGCAACGGAAGAUGGCGGAGCUACAGACGGAGCUGGAAUAGAGAGCAACAAACGAGCAGAAGAUAAGAAGAAAUAUUUCUGUUUUUUGGAGGAGGUGAAAACUGACUGGUCGGACGUUUCAUGGUGACGACUCUGCGGCUCUCCGUCACCAUCGGCAACGCUGACGCUCGACCUCGUCUCAAACACGUACGCUACGCUGUAACUCCAAAAUCACACAGAGUCUCAUCAUCUGGUCAAAGGAGAGCCAAGGCAGAGUGUGUGAGCGACGGAGUGUGUGUGUGCGUGUUUGGACGAGUGGAGGAUCGCUGCAUCUUCUCUCCGAUCUGUCACAAGGAUGUGAAGCUGGACAAAGCAGAAGCUCGUCAUUAAAACACUGCUGAAGAGGUGCUGAUAUGUUCAGAAGAUGAGCGGUGUGGGGGAAAACUCCAUGGAGCCUCUGUGCCCCGAUCGCAAACGCAGCCUGUCCACCUGCGACACGCCCGGCCUCGGGUGUGAGAAGCGGCGGCGAGAGCAGGAGAGCAAAUACAUCGAGGAGUUAGCGGAGCUGAUCUCGGCUAACCUCAGCGACAUCGACAGCUUCAACGUCAAACCAGACAAGUGCGCCAUCCUGAAGGAGACGGUGCGGCAGAUCCGACAGAUCAAAGAGCAAGGGAAAGCCUCGUCGAGCGAUGACGACGUCCAGAAAGCCGACGUGUCCUCCACAGGUCAGGGGGUUAUCGAUAAGGACCACCUCGGACCUCUGUUACUCCAGGCGCUGGACGGCUUCCUGUUUGUGGUGAACAGAGAGGGGAGCAUCGUGUUCGUGUCUGAUAACGUCACUCAGUACCUGCAGUACACACAGGAGGAGCUGAUUAACACCAGCGUGUACAACAUCCUGCAUGAAGACGACCGAGACGACUUCCACAAGAACCUGCCCCGGAAUAACGUGAACAGCAUGGCGUGGGGAGGAGAAGCUCCUCGACAGAAGAGCCACACCUUUAACUGCCGCAUGCUGGUGAAGUUCAGCUCCGGUCCGGCCGAGGAGAACCCCGGGACGCCCCGCUACGAGACCAUGCAGUGUUUCGCCCUCACACAGCCGAAAGCCAUGAUGGAGGAGGGAGAAGACCUGCAGUCGUGUAUGAUCUGCGUGGCACGACGUGUGACUACACUGGAGAGAACAGAGAGCUUCAACACCAGACACGAUCCCUCAGGCAAGCUGAUUCAGAUAGACCAGAAUUCCCUGCGUGCCUCCAUGCGUCCAGGUUGGGAGGACCUGCUGAGACGCUGUAUACAGAUGUUUUUACAGCACAGUGAUGGACAGCCCUGGUCAAAUAAACGCCACUACCACGAGGCCUUUCUCCACGGUCAUGCAGAGACCCCCGUGUACAGAUUUUCGUUGUCAGACGGCACCCCAGUCACAGCGCAGACCAAAAGCAAGCUCUACCGCAACCCGAUGACCAACGAGCCCCAGGGCUUCAUAUCUACUCACCUGUUACAGAGGGAGCCCAACGGUUGUCGCACCAACCAAAGUGGCGGCAUGAUGCAAGGUGGCAUGAGGCAGCAGGGCAUGGCGGGCACUAACUCCAACUCCCAAAUGAACAUGGGCCCUGGUGGAGGCAUGGGGAUGGGGAGCAUGGGUGGUAUGGGAGGGAUGGGUAUGAAUCGGGGUUAUGGUAUGAAGGACAUGGGGCACAUGGGUCACAUGGGUGGCGGGGGGUCCAUGUACGCGGCCAGCAUGGGCAAUCGAAUGAUGCAGAUGAAUCAGAUGAGUCAGAUGAGUCAAAUGGGUCAAAUCAAUCCAAUGGGCCAGAUGAAUCAAAUGAAUCCCAUGGCUCAGAUGAAUCCUAUGAAUCACCCUGGUCCUGGGAUGCAGCAUCAGCAUCAGCAGCCUCUCUUCCAGGCCUCAGGAGGCUACGGGCUCGGAGGCAUGAACAGCCCAUCUCAAGGCAGCCCGGGUCUAAACGGACCUCAGCAGGGUCUCCUCAUGUCUCCACGCAACAGGGGAAGUCCAAAAAUGGCGUCCAGCCAGUUCUCUCCAGGAGGUAUGCAUUCUCCCAUGGGUCCGGGAAGUGUCGGAGGAUCGUCAGGAGGUGGAGGUGGAACCACCUUUUCUAGCAGCUCCCUCAAUGCUCUUCAGGCCAUCAGUGAAGGAGUGGGUGCCUCCCUGCCAUCCACCCUGACGUCCCCUUCUACAGCACACAAACCAGACAGUUCUCCAAGUGUCCACUCCUCGUCCUCCUCCUCCCAACCUUGCAAGCCAGGACAUGGGGACUCCAAAAGCCCAGCAGGAGCCUACAGUCAUGGACCUGGAGAUCAGCAUCACCCCUUGCACCACCACCAUCACCACAGCCACACCCACCAAGCAGAGAGCAGCAGUGCAGACCGACCCGACAGCCAAGCUGGUGGAGGCAGCAAAGAGUCCGGGGAAGCAACCAACGAAGCUGGAAAUGCUUCAUCGGAACCUCCUCGGAAGAUUCCAGAUGGAAAGGGACACAAAAAGUUGCUCCAGCUCCUCACUUCACCCACCGAGGAGCUGGGACUUGGGGUUGGAAGUGGACCUCCUGGACCUCCCACAGGAGCUACCUUGGAAGGCAAGGAACCAGGAUGCGUGACAAGUCCGUCUUCCACUGGCGUCUCUUCAUCCACCAAUCAGAGCCAGGUUCUCGGAGCAGCGGGAGGAGGACCCUCUGAAGCACUGGGUUCUUCUCACUACACAGCAUCACUCCAGAAAAAGCACAAGAUCCUCCACAAGCUGCUCCAGAAUGGAAACACACCUGACGAAGUUGCAAAAAUCACCGCCGAGGCAACAGGUAAGGCGAUGCUCGGCCAGGAUGCGGGCGCCGCUGGAGGAGAAACGGGAGGCACCAGCGCAGGACCAGGAGGAGUCUCGGGAACAUCAGAACCCAAGCAGGAGCAACACAGCCCCAAGGAGAAGAAAACAAACGCCCUGCUUCACUACCUUCUCAACAACAAGGACGACUCCAACUCCAAAGAGUCCAGCGACAUCAAACCAAAGCCUGAAGACCUGGAAGGGAAAGGCGUCACUGGGGGAAACAGUGGAACUCCGCUCAGCAGAGGAGCGCAGGAGAACAUGGAGGGCAAGAUCAAGUCAGAACCUCCUGAUGAGCUGGACACCAUCCUCGGAGGCCUGAGAGGUUCUGGAACAGAUUUCCCGGAGCAGGGGGAUGCAGGAGGUGCUCCUGAUGGAGGGAACAAGCCUCAUUCGUUUGCUGAUGAUGGAAUGAUGAACAGAGGAAUGGGAAUGCCGGAGCGCUCCCCCAUGGGCCCGGCUGGAGACUGGGGAAUGCCACGGUCGACUGGUAGCCCCUCCAUCAUGCGUCCUGCCAUCGAUUCCUACAACUCCAAGGGCAUGAUGGGAGGACCCAUGGUGAACAGAUCCAACAGCGUUCCUGGUACCAGGUCCAUGCUGCAGCAACAGCUGAUGGAUAUGGGCUCCAGUGAUAUGAGCAUGGCGAUGGGGCCGUUCAGCCAGCAGCAGUGUCCAGACAGUCAGUCACCGUCCUGGCCAGACAACAUGAUGGGGAUGGACAACAGACGUCAGUUUGGGAACACUCUGGAUGAGUUGUUGGUUCCUCCCUCCACCUCUGAGGGUCAGAGUGAUGAGAGAGCUCUGUUAGAUCAGCUCGACUCUCUGCUCAACAACACCGACGUUUUAGCUCUGGAGGAGAUCGACCGUGCCCUGGGCAUCCCUGACAUCAUCAGCCAGGGUCAGGGUGGAGAUCUGCAGCCCGAGCCCUUCCCCACCCAGGACCCGUCCAUGGUGAUGGAGCAGAAGCCCAUGUACCCCCAGGGUUACCCCGGACCCCCAUCCAUGCCCAUGCCCUCCGGUUACGGUGCCAGCCCCAUGCAGGGUGCGCCUCCACCUGCACCCUACAGCCCCAUGCUCAACCAGAUGGGGCAGCAGGGUAACUACCCCGGGAUGGGCGGCAUGGGGCCGAUGGGGGGUAUGGGGCAUCCUCGCGCUGCCAUGAUGAGACCCAGGAUGAUGAGCGCCACCAAGCCUACACGCCUGCAGCUGCAGCAGAGGCUACAAGGACAACAGUUUAUGAGCCAGGCUCGGCAGGGUAUGGGCCUGAAGAUGGAGAAUCCCGGGGGAGGAGCAGGCCCUGGCAUGAGGCCUGGCUUACAGCCGGCAAUGGGAGGCCAGCCGGGCUUCCUGAACGCUCAGAUGAUAGCUCAGCGUAACAGAGAGAUGCAGAUGCGGAGACACAGAAUGAUGUUGUUGAUGCAGCAGCAGGCAGCAGGUGGAGGUUUCAGUCCUCCACCCAACGUCACGGCCCCCACGGGGAUGGAGGGCAUGGGCGGGCCGGGCAUGGGCCAGCCGGGACAGCAGCAGUUCAGCUACGGAGGGAACUACGGAAUGGGCCAGCAGGGUGAGCCGUCUUUCGCCCCCGCUGGAGGUCCCAGCCCACCCACCGCCAUGAUGCCAGGCCGCAUGGUGCCUCCGCAGAAUCCCAUGAUGCAACAGCACCCGCAGGGCGGCCCCAUGUACCAGGGUCCCGACAUGAAGGGCUGGCCUCAGGGAGGAAUGACACGCAACAGUUCGUAUCCACAGCAGGCGUUUGCGCAGCAGGGCUCAGCCGCGCCGUACGGCUCCAUGAUGAUGAACGGCGCUAACGCGGGUCACAUGGGUCAGAUGAGCAUGGGCAUGAUGGGGAGGAUGCCGAUGGGCCCUGAUCAGAAAUAUUUAUGAAGAGGACGAGGGACAGCCGUCACCAUGGGGACACUGUGAAGCUUAUAAAACAUGAUACACACCUGAAUGGUCAGAUCUUACGUGUAAAACUAAGUGUAACACAGUGUAAAUACACACACACACACACACACACACACACACAUGUAUACUGGAUUCGUCUACAUCCUCUAUAACUGUCUUUGUCCUGAGAAUCUUUCUCUGUUUCUCUGUGCGCUUUCUUCAUUCUGUUUCUCAUCAAAAGAUCAAAAUUGAACAAGCGAGCUGUUUAGAGGAACGCAAAGAUGACACAAACACACACACACACACACACACACACACACUGAUAUUUUUGCGAAUGUAUAUCAUGCCGUGUUGACCAUCUGGAUGUAAGAUCACCUUCUGUCCUGUUAAAGGUACGACGAGAAAAAGGAAGCUGUGAUUGCACUUUAACGGAACAUCAGAGCUGUUUCACGGCGUUAGGAGUGUUGCAAUAUUUUUUUUUCCCGCUCAUUUUAGCCUUAUCGGAGAACUGAUGAAUACGAAAUGGACUUUCUCGUCGUUCUCCGUCGGAGCGGGAUGAUUAUGAAACAUGAAAACAGCAAGCACAGAUGAUCUGUUUUAUGCAGAUUGAAGCAAUAAAUCUCGUCUCGCUGGAUUCUUCGAUUUCUCAACGUAAAGGUACUGCAGUAUUAGAAAUAUCGAGCUCACAUUCACAUUUCUUCUUUUUUUCCACAUUUUUCCUCCUCUUCGGUCUGGGAUUAUAAUUUGUAAAUACGAUGCACAUGUAUUAUAUCUGCUUUUGUAGGUCACACACAGGUUUUGCACAACAGGUUUUUGUCAGGCUUCGUAUUUAAAUUACAGCUGUUCUGCGUUAGAGGUCAGUGUGUCCGAUUAUUUCAGUUAGCAGCAGGGUGAGGGUUUUUGCUUUUUUAUUCUUAUUUUAUUUUAUUAAUAGUAAUUUCUUAACUGAAAAGCCACCACUUUUUAUUCUUUGAACAAGCACUUUUUUCUAGAACAUAUUUUAUUCCUCAAACUCAUACACGGUGAAACUUCAGCUGAUAAAUCUUCUGAUAAAGCAGAUUGUGUAUACUGUAAACACGAUUCACUAUAGACACAUUUUUGGGUUUAUUAACUGUUUCCUGUAUUAAACGUUCCUGUAUUUCAGAUUAAAUUAGAGAUGUAAAAGUUUUAGUAAGACAUAAAAACUUCAUCACUGUCUGUUAUGUUAAAUGUAUUUAUUUUAAGGUGGAAAUUCACGGGAUGAUAAUCAUACAACCCCAAUAUUUAAAAAAAUAAAUAAACAAAAUGGUUUAGUCUAAUGUUCACCCCUUAAAAAUAGUAGCUGACCAUGUUUUUAAAAACUUUGUAGCAUAUUUUAAGGGAUGGUUUGUAAUGUCAUAAUUUAUACCAGUUUAACAUAAUUAAUUCAUGUUCUUAUAUUUUUAUGUAAACUGUUUAUUUUAUGUAAAUUAUUUGUACUUGUAUAUGCCCAGCUUAUUCGUUUCCCUGCUUUUUAUUUUCAACUCACUUUCAUCUUUCACUAUAUAAUAAGACGAGAAACAUCAACAUCCGAGAUUUAAUCUCCUUCUGUUCUGUUAAAUGUAUUUAUUUUAAAUUUCUUCAAAGUGGAACGAUGUGAAAAUUCACUCUCUCACACACACACACACACACACACACACACACACACACCAAAUGUCGUCUAAAACUGCAGCGGAAAUACAACAGUUCCAUUAUUUGGUUUGCUAGAAUAUUUAAAAAAUAUUCAAAACAACAUAUAAAUACGUAUAAAUAUAAAUAAUUUUCAGUGGUUUUCAGAAUCUUGUAGCAUAUUUCAAAGGGAUGGUUUAUAAUGUCAUAAUUUAUACCAGUUUCACAUAACAUUAACUAAUCAAUUUUUUUAUAUAUUCUUAUAUUUCUUAAGUUUUGCAAAUUGUUUGUGUAAAUUAUUUCUACUCAUAUAUGGCCAGAUUAUUCAUUUCCCUGUUUUCUUUUAUUCUCCCGUUUUCUUUUUUUUCCUGAAGUGCUCAUUAAUUUACAUUUAAAACUUCUCCAAAGAUUUUUUUUUCUAUUUUAUGAUGUUUGACAUAGCUGUGCGAUUUACAUAUCGAUUUAAUUAACAUUAUAUUAAUGUAUUUGUUUUUUUUGUUGUUUUUUUUUUUUUAAUUUUGUGGCCAGUGGAAAUUGACUUUUAAUGCUAUAAAGGUUCAAUGAGCAUACAAAAGACUUCAUGUUCAACAUUUUAUUGUUGUUUUUUUUUUUUUUUAAGAUCUGGUCAGAUUUGGGGUUUUAUUUGUUUGUAAUGAGCUCUCAAGUUAAUCAAAAAUCAAAUUCCCUUCAGAACUUGUUCCAUGUUCUUGAAAGAAAAAAAAAAAAAAGUUAAAUAUCUGUGCAAUCUCUGUUCAAAAAGGAAAGUGAAAUAGAUUUUUAAAACGUGACGAGGGGGUAAUACACACUUGUUAUCUGGGUCAGGAUGUAAAUUACUAGUGCAUUUAUCAUGUUUCUUGAUGUUAAUAUUGAUGUAAAUACAAAUUUCUAUUUAAACAUG